GUCACCCGUCCGGCCACAUCUCGCGAGGCCGAGGUUCCAUCGGUGGAUUUGGGUUUGCGGGGAAGAUGGAGUAUCCCGCGUUGGGCACGGUGCAGGCCACGGACAGCGGAGGGCUCCAGCCAUACCUCAGCUCCGAGGAGCCGGAGGGCCGGGAACCGGACGGACUGCGCUUCGACCGCGAGAGGGCGUGCCGCCUGUGGGAGGCAGUGUCCGGGGCCCAACCAGUGGGGAGGGAGGAAGUGGAGCAUAUGAUCCAGAAGAACCAGUGUCUCUUCACCAACACCCAGUGUAAGGUUUGCUGCGCCUUGCUCAUUUCAGAAUCUCAGAAGCUGGCACACUACCAGAGCAAAAAACAUGCCAACAAAGUGAAGAGAUACCUAGCAAUCCAUGGAAUGGAGACAUUAAAGGGGGAAAUGAAGAAGCUAGACUCAGAUCAGAAGAGCAGCAGAAGCAAAGACAAGAACCAGUGCUGCCCCAUCUGUAACAUGACCUUUUCCUCCCCUGUCGUGGCCCAGUCGCACUACCUGGGGAAGACCCACGCAAAGAACUUAAAGCUGAAGCAGCAAUCCACUAAGGUGGAAGCUCUGUCGAAACGCCUUACAAACCCUUUCCUUGUGGCCUCCACCUUGGCCUUACACCAGAAUAGAGAGAUGAUAGACCCAGACAAGUUCUGCAGCCUCUGCCACGCGACUUUCAACGACCCUGUCAUGGCUCACCAACAUUAUGUGGGCAAGAAACACAGGAAACAGGAGACCAAGCUCAAACUCAUGGCACACUAUGGGCGGCUGGCAGACCCUGCUGUCACCGACUCAGCCGGGAAGGGCUACCCAUGCAAGACAUGUAAGAUAGUGCUGAACUCCAUAGAACAGUACCAAGCUCAUGUCAGCGGCUUCAAACACAAGAACCAGUCACCAAAAACAAUGGUAUCAUCUCUGGGCCAGAUUCCAAUGUAAAGACAACCCAUUCGAAAAGACUCAACUACUUUGGAAGACUAGAGGUGUUUCUGUCCAGCACCCCAGGUUGAAUCAGCCAUGAGCCAGCCUCCUCCUGACCAUGACAAUGGUCAGCCCUUGGCUCCCUCUUCCUCCUUUCUUACAUAGACCUGAGGAAUAGGCCACAGGCAGCCUCUGAUUGGUCCAGGCAAAUCCACCCGUGUUCCUCUCCUUUGGAAUGGGCCCUGAAAGUCAGGACAAAGGGGGAUUUUUAGAGGACUUGGGUUCUCACAGGGUAGUAGUUUAGAGGAUGGCCUUUCCCCUUCCCUGGCCCUUCUAGGCCACAUGUCAUGAGGCUCCAGUCCUGUAUUUCCUCUGCAAGUCAGUUUUGGACCACUCCUUGCAGCUAAACAACUGAGCUCUCCUGGGCUCUAGGCGUCUUCAAUGAAAUUUGGCACUUUCAUGCCAUACCUUGGCCUAGGCAGGAAAGGGCAGAUGAAAAUAGCUGCCACACGGAAGCUUAGAGAUAAUGUGACACUCACCCUCCCCCAAAAAUGUGCAGACUUUCCUAAGCCUGGGACCAGAUGCUGGCCAGUUGUAUAGGUUUCUGCCCACUGUGAAGUCUCCUCCUGGAGCAAUGCUACAGUCCUGGCAGAGUGUUGCUGUCCCUCCUGCCCCUUCUCCACAGUUCCUGAAUGGUGCUAAGGACCUGCAGCAGCUGGAGGCAAGCUAGAGCUGGAGAAGGCCUCAGUACCUAGUGGGAUCAUGGAAAGGCUCCAGUGGGGUCUUUCCUCUGUGUCAGAGGUGCUCUGACCCAGUUCACAUGGGAAAGUCCCCAUAUGCAAGUUUGCUUGAUGGUUCUUGAGCCAGCCAGCUCAGAGAUUCAUUGCUGCCCAUUGGCCUCCACUAGCUCUUUCCUUCCCCAUGUGCAGCAGACCACCUGCUCAGGUUGCUGUGGUGCUACCCCUCCCCCAUCACCCGCCAGGAGAUUCCUGGGUACCAGGUAAAGAAAGGAGGGCUGGCACAAGUUUCCAUGGUGAGGAAUCAGAUGUUCCCCAGGCCCCAAACCUAGAUUUCUCCAGCUCUGCCAUGCUUUAUGGCCUUGGACUUCACUGGGAGUAUAUUUUUUCUUAUAUCUUUCAAGCAGGAAUUCUAGGGAGUGGUACCAUCAGAGGCCCUCCUUCAUUGGGCCAAAGAAGCCCCUAUUCUGCUCUCAUCACCUCUGCCUCCCACUCCCUAUCCCUUGCCUGUGAAAUGCCUUUAGUAUUGUGUGUGGGUAUGUGCUUAUGCUCUGUCUCUUGGUCACUGAAGCAUCUAAAUAAAGAAUUUAUCCCAUGAGCCAGACUGCAACUUAACAGAACUAGGACUUGGGGCCAUAUUGCCAUUGGGUCUAAUAUGUAUAUCUUGAUCCCUCACCCUUAUCCCAUUCAUACUCCACAGUCCUAAAUACUGGUCUUAGGAAUUGGGACAGAGAGAGGCAUCCAAAUUGUUUGGCAACCCUGAGGAAGUCUUCACACGUGCCCUAAAUUCAAUAGAACCUCAUCUGUUCAUUCACCUUCCCCGUAAUGGAGAGCCUCAUGGAAGUCUCUAGAAAAUGUAAACUAGUAACCUGCUUUGCUUGAGAGGAUUAUUCUGGCUGCUAUGUACAGAAGGGAUGUAGGAGAGCAGGAAAGGACACAGACAGAGGUCAAUGGAGGCUGUGUCCAAUAUGGCUCUUUCCAGGCUAACCCCUUCAGGGCAGAGACCUAGCCUUGUUCAUCUCCACUUCCCUGAUAUACAGAGUGGUGUGUCAUGAAGUGUUUCUUGAAUGAACGAGUGAAUGAAUGAAUAUGCAUAAGGAGAAAUGGCCCUGGUAAUUCUUGGAAGAACCUUUUCCAUGACCCAGAAAUGAGCUGAGAAAGGAGUAUGAUGGCUUCAGGAGUCCUUUGUCCAACCUUUGUUUCAGACGGUCAGAUGUGAGGAAGGUGCUCACACAGCUUUAGCUCCCAUUCUUCACUCAGCAAACUGUUCUUGAGCACCUGCUCCAGGCCAGCUGGCAAAGACCCUACACAGCCCCAAGUGUGGAUUCUCAGCUCUCAGCUUCCAAAGCCCAGACUGUCUCAGCAUUUUCCCCAGAAUCCUUCUCUCCCACCCAGGAUGUCAGAAUUGGGCCCAUCUACCAAGCAAGGAAGUGAAGUGAAGGGCAGAGGAAUGGUGGGCUGCCAUACCAUGCCAUACUCUUGGCCUGCAGGACCGCUUUGGAUUCAGGAGUCCCUGCCAGCUGUGUUCCCAGCCCCGUUGGCAUGGGGAUACAGGAAUGAACACUUUUCUUUGGAGAGCUUACCACUGUUAAAGACCAUUAUGGCAGUGGUCAGAGGUUCAUACUGGGUGCUGUGGGAAUGCGCAGGAUGCAGGCACUAACUCAAGCCAAGGGUAUGAAAAGCUGGAGAAGUUGGGAAACCAGCAUUUGAUUUGCAUAACAAUCUUUUGAACUAGGUGAUGGUAUUCUAUUUUCUAGAAAAGGAACAAGGCUUAGAGAGGUGAGUGAUUUGCCCAAGGCCUUGCCACUAAAACGGCAAAAUGGGGAGUGGAAUCCGGUUGUCUAGAUUCCUAUUCCAGAACCCUUUCAAACAAGGACCAGAGUCCUUCCCACAUGACCCCCUGGCCUGCCUCACCUAUCUGGCUGGGUCAUGGUCUCAGAGCGAGCAGCCACUCAGGGCAGGGUAGCAGCAGCACCCACAAAACAGGUCACACAAGGUUCAUUGAUUAUUUUAUAUUCCAAGCCCCCUCAUACUUCUCAUAAUUUUACCCAAGAUUCUCAGUGUAUUCGGCUCUAAUUGUAACUGUGAGAAACUUGCAAUGGCUAGCUAAAAAGGAAAUUUACUGAUUCACCUAAUGAAAAAACUUGGUACAGGGAUGGCUAGACCCAGGUUCUGACAGUGUCAUUAGUAAGAAUUCAAUCUCGCCAUGCUUUCUUCUGUGUGGCCUCCCUUGGGCAGACUGCAGAAAGUGGCAAGAUGGCCACUGGCAGCUCUAAGCUUAUAUCCUGAUAGAUUAGCAACUGCAGUGGGAAGAACAUCUUUUUCUAUUAGUUCCAAAAAAAAUUCUGGGACUGACUCAUUAGCCAGCUUGGUCCAGUUCCCAUCCCUAACCAUUCACUGUAGGUAGGAGAAAUGGUGCUUUGAUUUGGGGCCUGCAAAGGAAUGAGCUCCACCUAAAACUGAUUGACUGAAAGGGAGAGAUGUGUCCCUAAGAGAAGAAAGUGUAGGGCUCUCUCCAGGCUAAGGGAGAAGAUUGGGUGUAGAUGGGCAAAAAUAACUUGUCAGCCACACCAGAAAGUGUCUUUAUUUAACCAUUUCUUUUUUAUUUUUACCCAGACGUUUUGAGAUACAGGAUACAGUUAGUAAUGUGCGCCAAUUUUUAGAGUACAGUUUGCUGAGUCCUCCUCACAUAUGUGUAUUCAUCUGGGCAUUCACCCUCCAGAUCAAAAUACAGAACAUUGCCAGCUCCCCAGAAGGUUCCCUUGUUUCUCUUUCUAGUUAGUAUACCCCAGAGGUAAACACUAUUUUGAUCUCUAUCACCAUAACUUAGUUCUGCUUGCUCUUGAAUUUUAUAAAAAUGGAGUCAUACAUCCAUUUUUGCUCAAUAUUAUGUCUGUGAUUUCAUCCAUGUUAUUGUGUAUAUCAGAAGUUCAUUUUUUUCAUGCUGUGUGGUAACUCAUUAUAUGAAUACACCACAAGUUAGCCAUUCUGUUGAUGGACAAUUGGGUUGUUUCUAGUUUUGAACUAUUAUAAAUAAAGCUGCUGUGAAUCAU